AGUGUAGGGAAUAUACCUAAAGAGUCGUUUAUGGAGUAAACACACUCUCUCUCUCUAGGGCUUGUUCGCCAUUGUCGAUAAAUUCACAAAUCAUUUCAAUCCUCAAUCUCCUCAUUCAAUUCUCACUACAUCUACUGCUGUACUCCUCAUUCAACUCUCCAAUUCACUAAAUUCUCAUACAUAAUUAGGGCUAAAUCUGACGUCAAUCAAACAAGAAGAUCCGCACUCCAAACGUACGAUUCGUCACCUAAUUCAUGAGGAUUUAGUUUAGAAAUGGGUGAUUCGGGGGUCGAUGCCAUACUUGAGUUUCUCAAAAGGAAUAAGUUUGAUAGGGCUGAAGCAGCGUUGAGAAACGAGAUUGGUAAGCGGCCUGAUUUGAACGGUUUUAUGCGAGAUCUUAAGCUAAACGAUAAAGAUUCGGGAAGCGAGUUGUUAGAAAAGGUGAAUGCGGUUGGCAACCGAGGACGGGUUUCUUUAACGAGUGAUGAAGUUUCGAAGGAAAAACAUGUAGUGAAGGAAAUAGAUCGUGGGACCGGAAGGAAUGGGUCGGAUUCAAAAUGGGAAGUUGGUUCGUUUGAUGGAGAGCGUAACAAUGAGCCGAUUGGAGCGAAAGAUAAAAAGUUCAUGAUUUCUAACGGUUCCGAAGACAAUCUGCUUGAUUUGUAUACGUGGAGAUAUGAUCCGGGAAACGGGUCUGCUGAUCCUAGCGAUAACGAUGAUAAUAUCAAAAUAGAAAAUGUGAAAGAAUAUCAAAUUUCUUCUCAGUCAAAGAUUCAUCCAUCCGAGGCUUCUGAUACAGAACGCAUCAAUAGGAAAGUGGGAGAAGAAACAAAAGUGUCGUUGCUUGGGCCCGUAACUAAUAGUAAGACGAAUCUGGUUCCGAAUAUCGAACCUAAGGAACUAAAUCUUCAGCGCAAGGGAAACGUGUCAAAAGACGAUUUUGUGGAAAAUCCAUGGUCAAGGAAUUACGAGUUUUGUUCAGUUAAAACGGUGUUCCCGUUUCCUGAAGGAGAGGCUUCAACGAGUUAUAAUAAUAAUAACAAUAACAAUAAUAACCAUAAUACUAACAAUAAUAAUAGCAACAGCAACAACAACAAUACAACUCGUGUUAGUGAGAAAGAAGAUGGAAAGCGAAAAACCGACAAUAUGAUGGCAGCGAUUAAAGAGCAAGAAAAUGAGGUUGGAAGAGCUUUGUACUUUGGUAAACCUCAAGGAAACAAUGAGCCGCAAGCUUUUGGUGGGUCGGAAUUACCUAGACUGCCACCUGUCAAGCUCAAGUCAACUGAGAAACUGUCAAGUUUGACUUGGGAUGAGAAGCAUGAACAUGAUGGGCCUGGACAGAUUCUUAAUGCCGAAGAUGCUUAUCUUAUCGGAUCGUUUCUUGAUGUUCCUAUUGAUCAAGAAAUAAGCACGUCAGGUUUAAAAAGGCCUGUAGGCGGUAGUUGGCGGUCAAUAAGUCAAGGUAUAACCGAAGACACUUCUGAUCUCGUAUCCGGUUUCGCAACUAUCGGCGAUGGUUUAAGUGGAUCUAUGGAUUACCCACAUGAAUAUUGGGAUUCCGAUGAAUACGAUGACGAUGACGACGUAGGAUACAUGAGACAACCCAUCGAAGACGAGACAUGGUUUCUAGCUCAUGAAAUCGAUUACCCAAGUGAUAACGAGAAAGUUACGACUCCCGAUCCACAAGUACGAAAUCCAAACAAAACUGACGAUGAUGAUCAAUCGUUUGCAGAAGAAGAUUCAUACUUAUCGGGUGACCAACAUAAUAUCGCUGUUCAGUAUGAUGGUGAGUUAAUGGAUGAAGAAGAGUUGAGUUUAAUGAGUGCUGAUCCCGCGUGGCAGGGCUUUGUCGCACCGAAAAACGAGCUCUUAACGUUUGGUGAAUCCAAAAUGGUAAACGAGGGGCUUAAUAUGGAUGAUGAUCAACACGGUUCAGUUAGAUCAAUCGGUGUUGGAAUUAGUAGUGAUGUUGCCGUUUUUGGAAGUGAGGGUGACAUUGAGUAUUUUCGUGAUAAUGAUGUCAACGUUCCGCCACACGGGUCCGACGAAAGAAAUCUUGACCGGGUCAAAAGUGAGAAAAAGAAAGCCACCACUCACGAUUCUAAUCAAUCAAAAAAUGUUAAAGAUGGUGGAUUUUCUUUUCCUCCACCUAGAGACGGGCAGUUAAAAAAUGUUAACGAUGGCGGGUCAAAGUCAAAGUCAAAUAACGACAAAAGCAUUAUAGGAGAUGGAACUGAUGAGUUGAUUCCACCGUGGAGGCGAAAAAGUAACGGUUCUUCAACUGGUAAAAGUUCAAGGGAAGAAGAAGACGAGACUGAUGUUGCAGAUUCCGAAACUUCCAUUCCCACAAUGUCGUCGAUUCACGGGCUUGCCGAACGGGCCCAUAAAGAUGAAGAAAAAGUUGCUGAUCCAAUAGAAGAAGACCCAGGGGCAUUAUUGGAAGAUGAGGAAGUGAUUGCCGUUCAAGAGCAAGUGAAACAGAUAAAGGCCCAAGAGGAAGAAUACGAGACCUUUAAUCUUAAAAUCGUGCACAGGAAAAACAGAACUGGUUUUGAGGAGGACAAGAAUUUUCACGUCGUUCUAAAUUCGGUAAUCGCUGGUCGUUAUCAUGUAUCCGAGUAUCUUGGAUCUGCUGCAUUUAGCAAAGCUAUUCAAGCGCAUGAUCUUCAUACCGGCAUGGAUGUGUGUGUGAAAAUUAUUAAAAAUAAUAAAGACUUUUUUGACCAAAGUCUUGAUGAAAUAAAGCUCCUGAAGUUUGUCAACAAGCACGAUCCUGGUGAUAAAUACCAUCUUCUCAGGCUCUAUGAUUAUUUUUAUUACCGAGAACAUUUGUUAAUUGUUUGUGAACUUCUUAAAGCAAACUUAUAUGAAUUCCAAAAGUUCAAUAGAGAAUCUGGUGGGGAGGUGUAUUUCACAAUGCCAAGAUUGCAGUCGAUAACGAUUCAGUGUUUGGAAGCACUUCAGUUUCUGCACGGCCUCGGGCUUAUACAUUGUGAUCUAAAGCCUGAAAACAUUUUGGUGAAAAGUUACAGUAGAUGUGAAGUGAAAGUUAUCGAUCUCGGAUCCAGCUGUUUUGAAACCGACCAUCUUUGCUCUUAUGUGCAAUCAAGGUCUUACCGUGCACCAGAGGUUAUUUUAGGCCUUCCUUACGAUAAAAAAAUUGAUAUAUGGUCACUCGGCUGCAUUUUGGCUGAACUUUGUACCGGAAACGUUCUUUUCCAAAAUGAUUCGCCAGCUACUUUGCUUGCUCGGGUUAUUGGAAUUAUAUCUCCGAUUGACCAAGAUAUGCUUGCCAAGGGACGGGAUACACAUAAAUAUUUUACCAAAAAUCACAUGCUUUAUGAGCGUAACCAGGACACAAACCGAUUGGAAUACCUGAUCCCGAAAAAGACAUCAUUAAGGCACCGGUGCCCAAUGGGCGAUCAAGGGUUCAUCGAUUUUGUCACUCAUCUACUUGAAAUCAACCCAAAGAAACGCCCGUCUGCCGCAGAAGCUCUAAAACACCCCUGGUUAUCAUACCCUUAUGAACCAAUUUCAUCUUGAAAUAUUUGCAUAACUGUGUACCUUAAUACUCGAGUUUUGGGGUAGAGAUGAGUUGCGUUGGAUCUCUAAACGGGUUUUUGUAACCUGUCACGUCAGUCAGCAGAAGCGUAUAGAUGCGUAUGUUUUGGGAUGCUGGCCCAUGUGCACUCCCCCUUUCCCAAGUUGUGUUUAUAACCAAAAAAAAGCUGUGUUUUUAGUGAAUUUGCUGAUUUUGAUAUGUUGUGGUGGAAGUGAAAUGAUCUUCAACCUUGUUGUACAUGACAGUCAUAGUGUGGUGAUUUUAGUAGUAGUUUGUGAAGUAGCCAUUUAAUUAUUUUUU